GUGAGACAGCGGAGUUUCUCGCAGAGUCCCAACUUAGACAGCGCUGGUUUCAUAAUGAUCUCCGCAUCUUGCAUUUUGGCAUUUUGGUUGUUUUCGUCUGCGCUGGGACAUCACCAUGGAGGGGAAAACUUUUCACAUUUGAGGAGGCUGCAGGGGGAGUUUGGUGGUGAUGAGGAGCGACUUAUUUCAGAGAGGAAGGGUCUGCCGAAACGCAGCGCAGGACUGAAUGAACAGACAUGCACAGCUUUGCCUGGAGUAGAGUCAACCCUGCUGAACGACACCAGUACUUUCACAUUCAAGGUGCAAAACUUGGGUUCACUGUCUUUAGCCUGGGUGGGAGAUGGAUCAGGGGUGCUGCUGGUGUUGACAACAUUUCAGGUGCCUUUGUUCAUGAUCCGUUUCGGCCAGUCUAACCUCUACAGGAGUGAAGACUAUGGGAAGACGUUCAAAGACGUGACUCAUCUGAUUAACCACACCUUCAUCCAGACGGAGUUUGGCAUCGCUAUCAGCCCAGACCACUCAGGGAAGGUGAUCCUGACUGCUGAUGUGUCCGACGUUGGGGGUUUUCGGCUGGUUCGCUCACAGGACUUUGGCCUGACCUUUGUUUCCACCGACCUGCCAUUUGAGCCCUUAAUUCAGAUCCUGUACAACCCUGGGGACUGCAACAAACUCCUGACACUCAGUACCAUGUUCAAGCUGUGGUUCUCUGAGGACUUUGGCGCCACCUGGAGGAAGCUCCAUGACAGUGUUUGUUUGGUCAGAUGGGGUCCAAAGAACAGCAUCUACUUUACGACAAACAACAACGGGUCAUGCAAUGACAAGGGGAUGUUACAGCUAAGAAAGACAUUUGACUACGGUAAAAGUUUCCAGACCAUUGCAACAAGAGUUUACUCAUUUGUACUUGGAGGAAGAUUUGUUUUUGCAUCCAUCAUGACUGGCACGGGUACAGAACGUACGAUCCACGUCUCAGUGGAUGGAGGCGAGACGUGGAACAUGGCUCAACUUCCUACAGUCAACCACGAGCAGUUUUACUCCAUCCUGGCAGCCAAUCAGGACAUGAUCUUCAUGCAUGUGGAUGACCCUGGCGACUCUGGUGUUGGAACCAUCUAUGUGUCAGAUGACAGAGGAACUGUGUUCUCCAAGUCUCUGGAGCGCCACCUCUACACAACCACAGGAAGUGACACCGAUUUCACUGUCAUUCAUUCACUCAGGGGCGUCUACAUGACCAGUGUACUCACAGAAUAUGGCGCAGUGGAGACUGUGAUCUCCUAUGACCAAGGAGCAAAGUGGCAGAGGCUGCGCAGACCAGAGAACAGCCACUGUAACACUGACACCUCAACUAACAGACCAAACAGAUGCAGGCUACACAUCCACGCCUCCUACAGCACCACCAUGAAGAUGAACGUCCCCAUGCUUCCUCUCUCACAGCCCAGUGCAGUGGGCCUCAUUCUGGCCCACGGCAGCAUUGAAGAUGCAGAAUCAGCGCUCUUCCCUGAUGUGUAUGUGUCUGAUGAUGGGGGCUACUCAUGGCUGUUGGCCCUCAGGGGGCCCCAUCAUUAUGCUAUACUGGACUCUGGAGGCCUGCUGGUGGCUGUGGAGCACACCAACAUACCUGUCAACCAAAUAAAGUUUUCGACAGACGAAGGGCAGUGCUGGCAUACGUAUAACUUCACCAGCGACCCGCUUCACUUCAGCGGCAUGGACAGCGAGCCUGGGUCUCGCUCCAUGAACGUCAGCCUGUGGGGCUACAGGAACGACUUCAAUAAAUGGGUGGUGAUAACUAUAGACUUCAGGAAGCUCCUCACCAGAGACUGCACUGAAGGGGACUAUGUGCAGUGGCUGGCUCACUCUUCAGACCCCACUGGUUCUAAUGAUGGUUGUGUGCUGGGCUAUAAAGAGACCUUCUUACGUCUGAGGAAAGGCUCUGUUUGCUGGAACGGGAGGGACUAUGCAGUCACCAAGAGGUUGUCCCCCUGUCCAUGUACACUGGAUGAUUAUCACUGUGACUUUGGGUAUUACCGGCCAGAGAACAGCUCAGAGUGUGUGGAGCAGGAGGAACUGAAGAGCCAUCCUUUGGAGUUCUGUUUAAAUGGGACCACCGAACAGCUGCAGACCAGUGGAUACCGGAAGAUUCCAGGCAACCAGUGUGAGGGAGGCUUCCAACCAGAGAGGACGGAGACAGACUUGAGGAGGAUGUGCAGCAGCAAUGCUCUUUAUCCUGAUUAUCUGACUGAAAACAGUUCAGCGAAUACUGCUCUCAUAGUGAUGGUUGUCAUAGCGAUCCUCCUGAUGAGUGCUGUCGCAGGUGUUUGGCUGGUUAAGAAAUAUGUCUGUGGAGGACGGUUCCUUGUGCACCGUUACUCUGUAAUGAGGGAACAUGUUGAAGCUAACAAAAUAGAAGGAGUGGAUGAUGUGGACCCUCACUACAUGGAGACAGGAAAAGCACAGUACAAUGAGGACUCAGAUCAGGACCUUUUAGAAUAAGAUUUCUUCCCACUCAAAGGCUCUUCAAGACUAACUCUAAAGCAGUCUUUCAUGAUGCUUGGGCAUUCCUGUUGCUCCCACAUGCUGAUUAACAUCUGCUUCUCACUUCGCUCUAUCCCCUGGAGGCUGGAGGACUCAGCAGCAGCGGGACAACUU